GCCUUGCUCAAGCCUCAAAGCUACUACUACAAGGUGCCCAGGUGGCUUGUGGUUGAAAGCUCUGCAACUAUACUCUGCACCAAGUUGCUGAUCAUUAGACCCCUCGUGUCCGUUUCCCAGCCUUGUACGAGUUAGUAUUUGGAUAUCAUUGAUCAAGGUACAGUAGACUUUCAGCCAUCGCCCUUGCGAAGUGGACUCAGUUGCCAGUUCAAAUUCAAGCCAUGACCUCGGCAGAUGACAUUCGCCCGCCGGGCGAGCCUGCGCCGGAGCUGCUCGAGGGCCGGCUCUGGGUUGACGGGUGCUUCGACUUCUUCCACCACGGCCACGCCGGCGCCGUCGUCCAAGCCCGCCAGCUCGGCGACGAGCUCUACGUCGGCGUGCACUCGGACGAGGCGAUCCUCGAGAACAAGGGCCCGACGGUCAUGAACCUCCGGGAGCGCCUCCUCGCCACCGACGCCUGCCGCUGGGUGACCAAGUCGAUCCCGCACGCGCCCUACGUCACGCAGCUCGAUUGGAUCAGCCACUUUGGCUGCAAGUACGUCGUGCACGGCGACGACAUCACGUCUGACAGCAGCGGCGAGGACUGCUACCGCUUUGUGAAGGCGGCCAACCGUUUCAAGGUCGUCAAGCGCACGCCGAGCAUCUCGACGACGGACCUGGUCGGCCGCAUGCUGCUGUGCACCAAGGGGCACUUUAUCAGGUCGCUCGAGAGGACGCUCGCCGGCGAGGAAGGGCCCGGGACCGAGGAGGAGAGGAAGGCCAAUGGGAAGGCGAUGCUGGAGAGAAUUCGACUGUACGCGACGGACGAGACGGCUAAGAAGCCUGGCGCGGAUGUGUGGUUCUGGGGCGCGCAGGCCGGGUUCAAGGAGCUGUUCCGCGGUGUGGGGCCAAAACCGGGGCAGAGGGUGGUAUACGUGGAUGGCGGGUUCGACCUCUUCUCGAGCGGGCAUAUCCAGUUCCUGCGCCUGGUGACGGAGGCCGAGGAAGAGCUGGCGAGGAAGGACGGAUGGUAUUCGGAGCAGGCUGUCAACGAGCGAAAGGGCAAGGGCGCCGAUUACGGCCCCGUGUUUGUCGUGGCUGGCGUCCACGACGACGACGUCAUCAACAAGUGGAAGGGCGUCAAUUACCCUAUCAUGAACAUCUUUGAGCGCGGGCUCUGCGUUCUCCAAUGUCGAUACAUCAAUGCGGUUGUCUUUGGGGCGCCUUUCACCCCAACCAAGCAGUACUUAGCCUCAUUCCCUUGGGGCACACCAGAUAGCGUCUACCACGGGCCGACGUCCUUCAUGCCGUCCACCGACGACGUGUAUGCCGAGCCCAAGGAGAUGGGCAUCUACCGCGAAAUCGGCCACCACGAGUUUGAGGACGUCAACGCCGGUAGCAUCGUGCAGAGAAUAAUGAAGAGUAGAGAUCUUUAUGAGGCACGACAGAAGGCGAAGGGGAUGAAGGCCAAUCUUGAAGAGGCGCAAAGACAGCGCGAGCUUCUGGAGGAGGAGCAGCGGCGGAAAGAGGCGUCGCGGUAGAAAGCAUUGGAUGCUGCUGCUGCGCACCGGGCAGCAAUUUCGGAUUCAGGGACUUCAACCACAGCGGGCAUAAACUGGACAGCAGCAGGGAAAAGAGCGAAUGGCUUCAACAGGCCUUGAAUAGAGACGAAAUAGAACUUGGACCAGGGGCGGAUCGUCGACUAUCUAAUUGAAGUAAUAAAGCGAGAACUGGACAGUCC